GCGUCUCUGAUGCACACACACGCUGUUUGUCAGCCACACUGCGUGGUCAUUCAGUUUCCUUCUCAGUCAGUGGUGCCUCUGAGCCAGUGCAGGAUCUGAACAGCUGCAGCGGUCUAUUUUAAGAAGCUUCUGUUUUACUGGGCCACCAGAGUAAAGGGCGACAAUUGUCAGUCACUUCCUAGGUUUGUCAGAGAUGGGGCGAGUCCACGUUGUAGAGAUUCUUGUAUUCGUUUAUAUAAUCAACUUGAGACAUUGUUUUGGGGGUUGUUGUUUUUUUCCUGCAGCAAGGCGUAAUGGUGAUUCUCGCGGCGAUAAAGAGCCUCAGUGGUUUUCUGUUUUUAGAUGGUUGACUGCUGCACAAGAGUGGCACAGUUUCUGUUUCAUACAGAUGGAGCAAGGACUGACGUUUUAACAGAGACAGUCUGGAUCUCUGUGCAUCUCGAUAUCUGGCAGACCGCGCCGUGUCAAAAUCUGCUCCCGAACCCUGCCGUCGGAUAAUAUUUUUGAUAAUCAUCGCAGGUUUCCAUGGCAAUCGUCGAGAUCCCCCCCCCUACGAGCUAUCAAAGCAUGCAAGGCCAUUUUGACUUUUUCCCUGCUCUCCUUUUUUCCCCUCGCAGAGCUCGUGUCAUCAUGACUCAUGCCUGCUCGCUUUCAGUUGCCCUUCCUUUCUGAGUCUGCAGCCUCAGUUCAAAGGGCAUUUCCUUUUUUUACACCUCCGAUGAAUCACACAGUUGUAAAAAGAGAGGUGUCUGUCACGUUCAAACUGCUGAAAGUUUGGCGGGAAAAAGAGAGAGAGCUUCCUUUUCUGUCACAGUGCAGCGGAGCCACGAGGGACGUUUUUUUUUUUUCUUUCUUUCUUCUUCUCGUCAUCUCCCCGCGGUGCCGAUGUCACGCGCGGUAAUAUCCCGUGAUGGCGCUCCCAGGAGCUAUUGAUCGAGCUGUCUCCACCAACAACCUAUCGUGACGUUCCAGUCGUACAUGCAGGUUCAGUGUACGUGCAGGACGUCCUCCCGGUGUCAUGGUGUUGCCCAUGAAUGAGAAAAACAGGCAGACUUCUUCAGAUCUGCUCACCCCAGGCCGGCGACCUCCCAGUUGGUCACAAAGAACUUCAGAGGGGAAGAGGAGAUUACCGUGCUUGACUUCGCCACUGAUGUCAAUGUAGUUAUUUCACCGUGGGUGCCCUUUUGAUUUUUUAUUUUUUUGGAUCGACACAUUCGAGUGACACCCAGUGGAGCAUUAAGAGCUGGUUUGCUUGGAGAUACUCACCUGGCUCGGCUUAUUCAUGCCCGUCAUGAGCGUACCAGCCCAGCAGAAACCCAGCGCCAAAAGAACAGGCAAACGCAUCACGUUUUUCAACGAACAAAGCAUAGCAAUGAAGGAGACGUCUCAGCACCCCGAGGGGUCGUACUAUGUACCAGGUGGCACCGCCUCGGACCCCGGACAGAGCGAGGCUGCAAGUACUGUCACCUCCAACCCAGAGGGCCCUCACAUGUACCUGAACUCGGUCAUAUUCAGCCCAGAUAAGGGGGACCAGAGCAGGGGUCAUUAUCAGCAGACUGUGCCUAUGAAGUGGGCGCACCAGGAGCCCAGUCAGCAGCAGCCGUCUCUGUCCCAGCAGCAGAGAGCUGCCUCGUGGAAUACCAUAACUAACUGGGGACAAAACAUUACUAAUUACAGCGGAGGAGUUAACGUAACGGACUCAAGGACCCAGAAUGCAUUUGCAAAGUCUAUGCAUGAGACUUCUGGCUUACAGCCACAUCAGCAGCCCUCCAACAGAGCUGCGGACAAGUUGCCUCUAGGGCCUAACCCUGCCGUUGAUGCAUACAGGGAUGCAGUCAAGGCUCGGGGACUGGAGUGGGAGCAGCAGCAGCAGCAGCAGCAGCAGCAGUCCCAGGCCUUUCAGGAGACCUUGAAACCCGGGGCACUGAACACCCAGCAGCACAGCACAUCCCACCCAGGAGGAAGCUCAGUGUUGCAGCCCUUCCAGUUGGCCUUCGGUCAACCCAAGCAGCACCUGCCACCCUACUACCAGACCUUUCAAGGCAACAGGACAACCUUACCUAAUCCACCCAUCUAUUCCACACAAGCAAAACCCCCACACCAGUUGCAGCAGCUGCAGAAGCAAGAGCAGCUCCAACGCCAGCAACAGCAGCAGCAGCAGCAGCAGCAGCAACAACAACAACAUCACAUAAUCCAGCAACAAAUUCAGCAACAGCACCACCAUCAAAUGCAGCAACAACAAAUCAUUCAGCACCAACAGCAUGUACAGCAACAGCUACAGCAGCAGCAACAAAUACAGCACGAGCAGCAGCAACAAAAGAUACAGCAGCAGCAGCUCCAAAUUCAGCAACAAAUGCAACAUCAGCAGUUGCAACAACAAAACCCUCAUGUGCUUGACUAUUACCCUCACCCACAUCCACAGCCUGUGGUGGUACACUCCCAGGAGUCCUCUGCUCCAGCUCCCCCAAAGAUCCAGGAACCAAUUAUCCAGGACAUCACCCCAGAACCGCAGCAGCCUUCAGAUCCACUACAGCCCCCUCUCCAGUCCGACCCCCUGUCCCAGUCUCAACUCCAAUCCCAAACCCACCUUCGCAGGUCACGACGGCUCUCCAAGGAAGGUGGGGCGCCGUCCGACAACCCCUUUCUCUCCGUCGCUUCGGAUCAGGCCGCCCCGGGGCCGCAGGGCUCACAGAACGGGGCCCGCGACAUCCAGGCGGCCCCAACGGGCGUCAUCCAGAGCACGCGCAGGAAACGCAGGGUGUCCCAGGAGGUCAACUUGGAGACCCUCGCUCAGAAGGCCUCCGAAAUGGAGUCUCUACCAUCACAUGUUGUAAAGGAACCCCGCCGGCCGUGGAGUCCCACUGACUCAGAGGGUCUGAAUGCCAAGCGGCCUCGAGACGACAGCCUCGUUCCACUCGUCAUCCCCGUGUCCGUUCCAGUACGAAGGAAGGAACCCUCUUCUCCUGAUAGAGAUGAAGCAGCCCUGGCCUCCAACUGGCCCCCCAGGCCUUCAAAUCCCCAGGACCUCGGCCGCGCUGACCACAAGCCUUCAGUCAUUGUCACCCGGAGACGCUCACUCAGGAACUCCUUGUCCGAGAGCUCAGAGCAGAAUGGAGGAACUGAAGGAGAGAAAGACGAUGACGGCAAAAAGUGCAAACGGCGUCCCCGACCCGAGCCUCUUUUCAUCCCACCACCUAAACCCGGUUUAUUCAUCGCCCCCUCUGUCUACUCAAUCACACCCUACCAAAGCCACCUACGUUCCCCCGUUCGCCUCGCAGAUAACCCCCUCACCAUACCUCCCUACACGCCGCCGCCAAUCCUCAGCCCCGUGCGCGAGGGCACUGGCCUGUACUUCUCCACCUUCCUGUCCACUGCUGCUGCAGCUGCUGCAGCCAGCGCCCAGGGCCUGCCACCUCCAGCAACCCCCAAGUCAGCAACACGCAGCCUGUUGCGCUCCAACAGCUGCGACAUCACACCACCAGUUCUGUCUGCUAUGAGUGAGGCCACUCCAGUCAGCAUAGAGCCACGGAUAAAUAUUGGGUCGCGGUACCAGGCGGAGGUGCCAGAGCUGAGGCAGCGGUCAGCUGUUGAGCUGGAUCAUCAUCGAGCUGAGCUGGUCUGGGCUCCACUGACUGAACUGGAGGAGAAACCCGACUACCAGGAGAAAGUGGAAGACCUCAUGCACCUGGCCUGCUCCAGUGUUUUCUGUGGAGGAGGCACCAACCAGGAGUUAGCCCACCAUUGUUUGUACGAGUGCAAAGGGGACAUAAUGGCUGCGCUGUCUCUCCUGAUGCUGAAGAAUCCAAUUUUCCCCAAGUCUCAUCAUCUGGCAAACUACCACUACUCAGGAUCCGACAGCUGGACCGCAGCUGAGAGACGGCAGUUUAACAAAGGCAUCAGUGCGCACAAGAAGGAUUUCUUCAAGGUGCAGAAACAGGUGAUCACCAAGUCGGUGGCGCAGUGUGUGGAGUUUUACUACACGUACAAGAAACAUGUCAAGAUCGGCCGCAACGGGACGCUGACGUACGGCGAGGUUGAGCCUCUUGAGAGCAGGACCACUGAGGAGGAGAUGGACCACAAGCAGGGCUCUCACAGAUUGGAGCCACAACGGGAGGAGGACAGCAGGAACUGGGAAGGAUCAGCUGACAGGAAACAGGAAGUCGGCCCCACCAGGGUGACACACACGUUGCAGUCCACUGAGAACCCUGCGACCGUCCUGAUCAUGAAAGGCCAGGAGGACGUGGGGCGGGACCAGCCGCUGUCCCGGGUCAUCCAACCACCUCAUCCACCCCCUCCCAGCGCCAAGUCACGCUACGACAGCAACGCACGCAAGACCAGCCCUUCGGCAGGAAACAAAGGCACAGCUGGUCAAGAGGGAGAGUUCCCCUGCAAGAAAUGUGGCAGGAUCUUCUACAAGGUGAAGAGCCGCAGCGCCCACAUGAAGAGCCACGCCGAGCAGGAGAAGAAGGCCGCAGCGCUGCGCCAGAAGGAGGCGGAGGAACGAGCGGCCGCGGAGGCCGCCGCCAUCCUCGCCGCUCGGCAGCAGAACGGGACGCGACAAAUGGGCGGGGACAGCACCAACGACGACUCGUCAGACGGGGAGGACGAGGACGACGAGGACUGGAAGUAAGAGAAAGGGCGCACAAACUGACUGCUCCGUGCAGCGUGGCUUCCUCUCUGGGAUGGGAGAAGGAAAGUUUGGAGAGAAGAAAAAAGAAGAAUCCCUCCUGUGAACUUGUGUAUAUUUUGUGGAACAAGAAGACUUCCGUUGCUUGGCACAUUCAGGGACAGAUUUACUCCCAUGGCUUGUCCUGAGGUUCUCACGUGGGGAAAAGUUGUUGUCCACAAAAAGGUUUUCAAGCUGUUUUAAGAAGAAUGAAUUCGAGAUGAAAUCGAGGCCACGACACACAAACACACAGCUGUAAAACUUUUUCUCAUUUCAUCCAGUUGGUUAAGGGAAUUUUAAAGGGGACAAAAGGUUUAUUUAGCUAAAGAUUAGAAAAUAUAUAUGAAUGAAAUUCUAUGUUUGCAUACUUUCUAUGCUAUUUUCAUAUGGGGUUCACACUAAUGAUGAAAAACGGAAAGGAAUCUCAAGUGCUUUUUACUACAGUGUAACUUAUUUGUUUCGAUUUGAUUUUUACCACCUGUGUUUUUAGUAAUGAUUUAUGAAGCACUGUAUAUUAAAGUUUUAAAAUAUUCA